CGAGACCUCCAGCUGACCCCGCUCUCCGGCCACCGCCGGCCGGAGGCCAUCUUGGCGAGGGAGGACUCCGGCGACCUCGAGGACGUCCGCCUCCUCGACUCCUACGAUGAGGAGACGGCCGCGGCGGCGGAGGGGAGGGGAGGGGAUGAGAAGGGGGCGCGGAGAAUCCAGGUGAGGGUCACCGGGAUGACCUGCUCCGCCUGCACCAAUUCCGUCGAGGCCGCCAUCACUGCCCUCCCCGGCGUCGCGAGGGCAUCCGUCUCCUUGCUCCAGAACAAGGCCCAUGUCGUCUUCGAUCCCAGUCUUGUUAAGGCACCUUCAUAGCCUUGCAGAGUUGCAUCAGAAUGAGGCUUCUUCCUAAUGCGCACAAGAUAGUGCUUUCAUCUUUCCUUUUAUUGGGACACAGACACCUUCACCUUCCUGAAACAUUUACCCUUUCCUACAUUUAUUUGGCUAAAUGUUAUUGGGAAUGCUUGAAAAGCAUUACCUUGCAGGAUGAAUGACAAGAUUCCUAUUUCCGUCUAUUUGGAAUUGGCAAAAACAUAUUGUAGCCUAUCACAAAACAAAGGAAGUAGUGUUUUGAACUCGUUGCAGAACAUUUGGAUUUUUUCUUUAAAUUUCUGAACACUACAAGAAAAAUCACCUUUAUAUGAACAAUUAUUGGGUAGAGCUAUAACAAUUUUUGGGUUGGGAUAACUCAUGCCCCAUGUUUACUCAAUUUACUUGCCUCUUAAAAUUUGCUAUCCACUUUUUAUUAAUGCAUUCUGUUCUAUUUUUGGAUUUUGUGUUGAAAGAAGUGAUCCUGACAAUUUCAAAUAUGUUGUUAUAACUGUUUUACAUUUUAUGUUCUGAAAUCACUUACUGGAAAUUUGAUUCUUUGUUCAGGACGAAGAUAUAAAAGAUGCUAUUGAAGAUGCAGGAUUUGAAGCUGAGAUUCUGCCAGAUUCUAAUAAUACCCUGUCAAGACCGCAAAAGGUAUUGUCGGGGCAAUUUAGGAUAGGAGGCAUGACUUGUGCAGCCUGUGUAAACUCUGUUGAAGGGAUCUUGAGAAAGCUACCUGGUGUAAAAAGAGCAGCUGUUGCCUUGGCAACGUCAUUAGGGGAGGUCGAGUACGAUCCAUCAGUCAUAAGUAAAGAUGCAAUUGCUCAUGCAAUUGAGGAUGCUGGUUUUGAUGCUGCAUUUCUACAAAGCAAUGACCAAGAUAAAAUUUUGUUAGGUGUAGCUAGAUUGUCUAGUGAGACAGAUGUACAUGUUUUACAAGGAAUACUUAGUAAAAUGAGUGGGGUGAGGCAGUUUGAGGUAAAUAUUGGCCUUUCAGAAGUAGAGAUUAUCUUUGAUCCUCAAGCUGUUGGUCUGAGACAUAUAGUUGAUACCAUCGAGAGAGAAAGCAUCGGGAGGCUGAAAGCGCAUGUCCGGAACCCAUAUGCUCAAGCAGCUUCAAGUGAUGCACAAGAAGCCUCAAAAAUGCUUCGGCUUUUCCUCUCCAGUCUCUUUCUCAGUAUUCCUGUCUUUUUCAUACGGAUGGCAUGUCCCGCCAUACCUUUCGUAAAUUCUUUCAUGCUCAUGCAUUGUGGGCCAUUUUUGAUGAGAGAUUUGUUGAAGUGGGUACUGGUGAGUAUUGUUCAGUUUAUUAUUGGCAAGCGUUUCUAUAUAGCUGCUUAUAGAGCACUGCGACAUGGAUCUACAAAUAUGGAUGUAUUGGUUGUUCUGGGGACCUCUGCUUCUUACUUUUACUCUGUUGGUGCACUUCUGUAUGGUGCAUUUACUGGGUUCUGGCCCCCAAUAUAUUUUGAGACAAGUGCAAUGAUAAUUACCUUUGUGUUAUUUGGAAAGUAUUUAGAAGUUGUUGCAAAAGGGAAGACGUCAGAUGCUAUCAAGAAGUUAGUUGAACUUGUCCCCGCAACAGCUCUUUUGAUGGUGAAAGAUGCAGAAGGAAGAGGCAUUGUAGAGAGAGAGAUAGAUGCACUAUUAAUUCAACCAGGUGAUGUCUUAAAAGUUCUUCCUGGUUCAAAGGUUCCAUCUGAUGGCAUCGUAGUUUGGGGUACAAGUCAUGUUGAUGAAAGUAUGGUAACUGGUGAAUCUGUUCCAGUCCCAAAGGAAAUGUCUUCAUUAGUUAUUGGAGGCACAAUGAAUUUACAUGGUGUCCUUCAUAUAGAAGCCACCAAGGUGGGGUCUAACACAGUUUUGAGCCAGAUAAUUGCUCUGGUUGAGACAGCCCAGAUGUCUAAAGCUCCUAUUCAGAAAUUCGCAGACUAUGUUGCCAGUAUUUUUGUUCCCAUUGUUAUCACCAUGUCCUUGUUGACAUUCUUCGGAUGGUUCCUCUGUGGGUUGCUAGGAGCAUAUCCAGAUUCAUGGGUCACAGAAAGUAGCAAUUGUUUCAUUUUCUCCCUCAUGUUUUCAAUAUCAGUGGUGGUGAUUGCAUGUCCAUGUGCCCUUGGUCUGGCCACCCCUACCGCUGUUAUGGUGGCUACAGGUGUGGGUGCAACUCAUGGGAUCCUAAUAAAAGGAGGAGAUGCUUUGGAAAGAGCUCAGAGUGUGCAGUAUGUGAUCUUUGAUAAAACGGGCACCCUUACUCAAGGGAAAGCUGCUGUCACAACUGCAAAAGUUUUUGCAGAAAUGGAACUUGGGGAUUUUCUUACUUUGGUUGCAUCUGCUGAGGCCAGCAGCGAACACCCUCUUGCUAGAGCAAUCUUAGAUUAUGCACACCAUUAUCAUUUCUUUGGUAAGCUUCCGACAGCCAGACAUGCUGGAAAGCAGAGCAAAGAAAUAUUAUCUGAAUGGCUUCUUGAAGCGGUAGACUUCUCUGCUGUGCCUGGGAAAGGUGUGCAGUGCUUGAUAAAUGGAAAAAGGGCUCUGGUUGGCAACAGGAGUCUGUUGGUUGAAAAUGGGGUUGUUGUUCCUACUGAAGCUGAAAACUUUUUAGUGGACUUGGAAGUGAAUGCUAAAACAGGUAUUCUUGUGGCAUAUGAUGGUACCUUCAUUGGAGUGUUGGGGGUAGCUGAUCCCUUGAAAAGAGAAGCAGCAGUUGUGGUUGAAGGCCUGAAGAAGAUGGGCGUUUGUUCAGUCAUGGUAACAGGGGAUAACUGGAGGACAGCACAAGCUGUUGCAAAAGAGGUUGGCAUUGAAGAUGUGAGAGCUGAGGUGAUGCCGGCGGGGAAAGCCGAUGUCAUACGCUCCUUCCAAAAGGAUGGAAGUAUAGUUGCGAUGAUUGGUGAUGGCAUCAAUGACUCUCCCGCCCUUGCAGCAGCUGAUAUCGGAAUGGCAAUUGGUGCAGGAACCGAUGUUGCCAUCGAAGCUGCAGACUAUGUGUUGGUGAGGAACAACCUUGAGGAUGUUAUAACAGCCAUCGAUCUCUCGAGGAAGACAUUCGCACGUAUACGUUGGAACUACUUCUUUGCAAUGUCUUACAAUAUUGUCGCCAUCCCAGUUGCAGCCGGGGUUCUCUUCCCCUUCACAGGACUUAAGAUGCCACCAUGGUUGGCUGGUGCUUGCAUGGCUUUCUCAUCUGUGAGCGUCGUCUGCUCUUCUUUGCUUCUGAGAAGGUAUAGGAAGCCCAGGCUCACCACCAUACUGCAAAUAACUGUAGCAUAACAAUGAAAUAUAUGUAUUUUUAAGCUUUUAACCACAGAGGAAAUGAAAAAAAAAUAUGUGGUGUUUUGUUUUCUCCCACUCUGUUUACUAGAUGCAAUAUUGUAAACAUUGUUAUGCUUCACCACACUUGCAGCAAGUCAAAUCGCCCCUGUCCAUCCUUUUAUGAA